AUGCCUGUAACGCGAUCAGCUACUCGGUCAGUUUCAUCAACCCCAGUAGGAGGAAGCAACGUGACAACUACAGCGGCAUUAUCGUCUGCAGUCAAGUCCAGCAAGCGAAAAGCCGUUGAAGAAUCCACGACGACAGCCAAGAAGACGCCUCGCGCUAAGAAGGCAAAGUCUUCCGACAAGAGCGCUGCGACACCGCUCACAUCGGAUACCUUCAUACCGCCUCCUCCACCUCCCUUGCAGAAUGAGCCCGGGAAGGAAACCUUGGUUCCUGCAGUAUUGACAUUCUCGUUUGAGGAGGCUAAAGCGCAUCUAAUUCGCGCUGACCACCGCUUUGAAGAUAUAUUCAUAAAGCUCAAAUGUAAGCCUUUUGAGUCCCUUGAGCAGGUCCAUCCAUUCCGGGCGCUUGUAGAGUCGAUUCUUGGCCAACAAAUUUCAUGGCUGGCAGCCCGAUCGAUUAUUCAUAGGUUUACUCGGAUGUAUGACCCCUCAUUACCUGAAAAGCCAGCGGAUUAUUCUGCAUCAAAAUCCCCAACAUCUUUCUUCCCUACCCCUUAUCAAGUCGCCAAUACGGAUAUCGUAACACUCAAGUCUGCUGGUCUCAGUACACGCAAAGCCGAGUAUGUAAAAGACCUUGCUGCACGAUUUGCAGAUGGAAGGCUUUCAACAGAAAAUUUGCUUGCUGCAGAUGAUGAAAACCUUGCCGAAAUGCUUAUAGAAGUGCGAGGGAUUGGGCGGUGGACUGUUGAUAUGUUCGCAAUCUUCUCCCUCCGUCGUCCAAACAUCCUCCCAGUAGGUGACCUCGGUGUCCAGCGAGGAAUGUUGCGCUGGUUCCUCUCGCGCCACUCGUCUAAGCACGCGUUUACGCUUUCACCGCAUAAACUGAGCGGUGGCGAACCCAAAGAUGAUAAAACAAAAGGGGCAAGUACUAGCGCAAUGGGACCACCACCUACAACGCCUGCACCAAGGACAACCUCUGGUUCUCGACUGACAGGAGAUGUAGAACCGGAUAAUGAUGUGUUGCCGACAUCAUCUGAAUCACAAUCGCAAACUCCGGCUUCAAACAAAUUGAUUCCUGCGCUUCCUGAACCGUUCACUCCCUCAAUUGACAAGACUCUUGAGGCAGACGCGAUGAACACAGAACCUCUCCCCGAAGGUCUGAGCGUUGCAAAUUUGAAAUCGAGGCUUGAAGGAAAGAAAAUCAAGGGGGCGUUCCUUACCCCGAAAGAAAUGGAAGAUUUAACCGCGUCUUGGGCUCCGUAUCGAAGUAUAGGUGUUUACUAUAUGUGGGCUUUAUCAGAGGAGAAGAACUAG